AUGGAUCUAGAACGAAUAUUACAGCCGGUAAAAUUAGCAGACGAAGUUUUGUGUAGACGUGAGUCUAAUUUGAUUACUGCGGAAACUACUUUGAGAUUUAUUAUUAGCAAACUGAUAAAUAUUAAUAAACCGUUAGCCCGAAAACUUGUUGAUUCGUUGAGGAAACGAAUCUCAGAGCGGCGAACUGACUUGACAGCGGUUUUAUUAUACUUACAUGAUCCACAUAAGUACGAAGAAGACAAAAGUCAAUUUAUUUAUGAUGAAACAUUCAAUCUACCUCCAAAGAGUGUAAUACGCAAGGCCAUCAAAAAUAUAGUAGAAAGGCUAGAGUACACAGGAAGCAAUGCAGUAACCACUACUCCUGUUGAUGAUCCUUAUGAAGACAUCCCUCCUCUAAUCUCGAGACGCAAACGCAGCCGCAGCACCAAUGUCACUUGA